AUGGAAAGGCUGAAGAUGGAGAAAGACUUCGUGCUGGCAGAACUGAUGGAGGAUGAGAAGCAACUUGAGGCCCGGCGCCGGGCGGAAGAGCUGUCCCUGCAGCUGAAGACGCUGGAAGAGGCUCAGCCUCGUUUGAGGGAACGUGCAGCCAAGGUUGAGCAAGAGAAGAGCCUGGAAGGUGAUGCCAUCAGUGGGCUUGAGGAUCUCCGUGCAGAGGCCAUCGCGUUGCAAACGGAGAACCAACUUCUCAAGCGCCAGCAGGUGGAGUGGCGACGCUCCCAGACGCUGAUGUUGCGCUUGGCAGAAGACAUGCAGAAGCGGCCUCCCAAGGCAACUCCAGACGAUGAAGGACUCGAUGCUGAAGAGAAACUUGAAGAAGUACUUCAAGGCAACCAGGAGAUGCGGCGGCGUAUUCAGAAGUUGCAGAAUGAGAAGGAGGACUUGCUUCAGCGCCGACGUGGGCCCGGGAUCUCAAGCUGA